AUGCUGCUAACAGCGGAGUAAAUUUAUCCUUGUUUAAUUUAAAGUCGGUCACGAGACAUGCGCACCCUGGAUAGUAAAUUCUUUCAACUCUUUCCACCCCGCAACGACUCAUAGUUUGCAUUUCACCACUUCGGUACGCAUUUCAAUUUGAUGCGCUUCAUACACAUAAGAAUAUUGAGAAAAAAACAUACAUAAAUUAAAAAUCGUAGCGAAUCCGAUUAAGCUCUUCUCAUCGAUCAUCGAACGAUCGCAAACGCAUUCGCUCGUCGAUUGGGAUGACUGCAAAUCGAAGGGAUACAGUUUUUUAAUAAUAAUAAUAAUAAUAAGCGCGUUUUAUGCAUUUCGAAUUCAGAAGCGAUAUCGAUCGAAGCGUUUUAAUAAGGGGUUGUUUCUCGACGGUGUCGAUAAGCAGCAACCUUGAGACUGUUUUUUGCGUGUCGCUAGUUCAAAUCGGCGACGCCGAGCGCCGGUACCCUUAGCAACGUCCGACCCACGUCAUCGUCUUGAGACUUCAACGCCAGUGCGACGAAAUCACCCGGAACGAAUGAAAAAAAAAUUAAUCACAAUAAGAAUGUACGUCGACGACGUCCUAACGGUACGGCGAACGCGAACGUCGCCUGGUCACCUCCCCGCGAUCAUGUACGUCCGAAUAAUUCAUCCCGAUAAAUUUAAAUCGCGUCGCUCGAGUUUGAUCAGAAUUUGAAAAUCUCGGGAUAGCCCGUCCCUCCUACCGAUAAAAUACAUCGACCACUGAUAAUUGGUAACGCCCGCAAACAUGCUGUUGUGUCGUCUGAUCGGCAACAAGCCAUUCCUCUAUACUUUACUGCAGGAUGACCAACGCCCCACGGAAGGGGUGGCAUGGGCUUCUGAGGGUCGAAAUGUCAGUACUGAAUUUUCAAACGCGAACGCAGCACGUCCCUUUUACCUUCGACUACAAGAACCACUUAGUAUCACGAGAACGCCGGACAAGCAAACGUUGCUUCUGACCAGAAACGAUCUGGUGGGAGGUAAAGAUUUUAUCGGUAAUAAUUCGGAGGAUAGGUUCGUCAGACUGGAAGAUAAACUGAAAAAAUACUAUACUUCCUCGAGCAGCUCUCACGACUUCGUGAAAAGAGACACGCGUAGUAACGGCGAGGUCAGGAGCGACCAAUCGAAUUAUCCGCGAAUCGCUCAUGAAUACCUACGAAAGCAAUUCUACGAAUUGUGCAGGGAAAAGGUACGCCAACUACAGUCGAGAUUAUUUCAAUAUUUUCUUUCACUCUUAACACGCUAGACACGCUCUGUGCCGUUAGUUUCUACUUUCCCGUACCGGCAUACCGUGAGUCGUUUUCGAAAGGUCUCAAACAACGCGGGCCCCGAUUUCCCCCCCUAACUAUUGAGACGUAAAA